AUGGAUGCUUUCUUCUCGUCCGUACAGGAGUGUGCGUCGCACGUGACUAUGUUCUUCGUAGCCCUAAUAUUAAUAUCCGCGACGGCGGUCGCUGCCCGGUGGCCGGGUUCGGUAGAGUAUCCGUCGUCGGGACAAAAUUCAUUUGAUAUCACAAAAUUUGGAGCUGUCGGAGAUGGUCGAAAAGAUAAUGCCAAAGAAUUUAAAUCGGCGUGGACAGCAGCAUGCGGAGCUGGGUCGAAGAAUGCGACGAUCGUUGUACCGAGCGGGACAUUUUUGGUGUCUUCCAUCGAGUUCGAAGGACCUUGUAAAUCUAGCAGGGUCAUGUUUAUGAUUUCUGGAAAGAUUGUGGCGCCUCCAAAAGAAGCAUGGAAAGAAAAAUCUAGAGAUGUGUGGUUGAGAUUUCAUGAAAUUAAUGGACUUGUGGUUUCCGGAAAUGGAAAGGGGACAAUCGAUGGUCAGGGCGAGACAUGGUGGAAAAAGGCGUCGGACGACAAUUCACGGCCUACUGCAUUACAAUUUUCACAUUGCAACAAUCUUCAAUUACGCGGCCUAAACCAUGCAAACAGCCAAAAGAACCAUAUAUCGAUAAAUGGCUGCCGGGGCGCAGACAUUUCGGGUUUGAGCAUAACUGCACCGGAGGACAGCCCCAACACCGACGGGAUUGACAUCAGCAGCUCGACCAACAUUUACGUGCGUAGCAGCGUCAUUGCAACUGGCGACGACUGCAUAGCCAUAAAUAGCGGCAGCUCGGCUAUCAACAUCACCGGCAUAAAAUGCGGCCCUGGCCAUGGAAUUAGCAUAGGUAGCUUAGGGAAAAACGGACAUACUGAUCAAGUACAAGGAAUUACAGUAGCUCAUUGUAGUUUCCGUAGAUCCGAAAACGGAGCUCGGAUCAAGACAUGGCAGGGUGGCUCCGGUUUCGCCAAAAACAUUGUGUUCUCCGACAUAGAAUUCGAUCGCGUAGAGAAUCCGGUCUUAAUCGACCAAUUUUAUUGUCCUCACAAAACAUGCCCUGUCAAACCGUCGGCGGUUAAAAUUAGCGACGUGAGAUACACGGGGCUGCGUGGGACGACGAAUAAUAAAGAGGGCAAUGCUAUCAAUUUUAAUUGUAGCAAGACGGUGCCGUGCACGGGCAUUGUGCUCGAAAACAUCAAGAUACAAUUAGCAUCGAAUGGAGGCGGCCUAGCGAAGGCGAGCUGCAACAAUGCUCAGGUAUCGGGGUCGAACGGGUUGACAUGCCGUGAGAAAGAUUUCGUUAUUUAA